UCUGUUGUUGUUUCAUAAGUGAGAUGAGAAACUGAUGCUGUUCAAAAAUGUGGCAAUUCUUUACUGCAAGGCAGCUUGUUGGAGAAAUUGUCCUUUGCUGUCUGCCUGUAGGAAGGUUUGUCAAAGUGUCUAAUGUAAGCCAUGUGCAUGCCUUCUUUCUUGUUAAAUCCCAUUAUUUUGGGUUAAAACAUGGCCUGUGAGAAUAACUAGGCCAAAAUAACCCAUUUAUUUUAAAAUAAUAGUGGUUUUGAAAUAUUUAUCCUUGCAACUGGUUGCAUUCCUUAUAUCUUUUAUAUAGGCUAGGCUCUGCAGGAGGUAAGUUCACCUGUAACAUUUUAAUAAUUGUUUCUACUUACUGUUUAAUGUCAAGUUCAAAAACUGCAUCUCUCAAUUCUUCCUGUUUAUCUCAGUGAUGUCCUGGUCAACUCAGGCCCUGCAAAUUGUAUAGAAGUGUUGAAAAUCUAAAUCUCAAGUCUUGUGUUCAUUUUUAACAAGGGCCUUCAGUGUUGGAAAUAGACAGGGGAUACAGAAUUGCUGUUUCUCUCUGAUUCAGGGUUUUGGUAAAAAUAUGUUUUUAUUAUUACUAUUUUUUUUUCCAAGAAAAGGAGCAGUACAUAUUCAGUGAUACGUACACAAACAGUUACAUCUAUAAAAAUAAUCCGUUCCUACCAGCCUGGGUUAGGUGAAGCAAUUCAGCAGUGGUAGGGUAUGGUUGAAGAUUCUCUGCUGCAGUGAAACCUGGAAUAUGUGAUGGAAAUUAAAGCCAUACAGCUUUGGAGAAUAGAUGCUGGUAAGCAUAUCUGAAAAAGGUGUUCUUCGUGUCGAAGUCUCUUGAGGAAGGCAUUUGUAGAAGCCUUGCUGAGUGCUGCGGUGGUCUGGGUACAUAUGGACUUCUCUGGCUACUGGCUCCAUCCACUGGCAAUAUCAAAUGGUUGGGUUGAAAUGUUUUUUUUAUUACCUCCACACUGUGCAUUAUGAUAUUGUAAGCAAGGAUCUGAGAAUAAAUACAUGUAGUAUUACAUUAUCUUUACAGUAUUCUGCACCACUUACCUGUUUUGUACAGAAGUUGAUGAGCACGGUAGAUAGGCUGUGAAAAUAAAUGAUAGCCUGUUAAGGUAAGUGCUGGUUGAAAACACUUUGGUUAAAGUGUUAGUUUCUAAAUUAUAUUAAAAAUAAGCAGUAUUUCCUCAGAAAAAUUGUGGCCUACUUCCCUUUCAGAUUUGGGGCUUGGAAUCUGGGGGAAGAUGUAAAAGGAACAGGCUGUAAAAUUUAAGGAAAAUGAGAUCAGGUAUUUAGUCUGAUAGGUUCUUUUAUAUCUUUGCAUACUAAUGGUGAUACUAAACAUACAUUUAAAAGCCUUGCCAAAGAUUUAGAUAAUUUUUGCCAGAGUGAAACCUGACAUUGAAAAUUAUUCCUUGUAGAAAGAAGAUGAGGAGAAAUGUCUUUGCUAGAAGGAUCAUUCAUAAUACAGAGCCUGAUAGAGAACUUCCAGUAUAGGUGGUGUCACAGUGAAACUGACUGCAGUCAUUUCCCUCCUAAUUAUACUUCUGUCCUUCCUGAAUUAAUGGCCAAAUAUUUGACAUUGCAAAAUAAAAAGGUAAGAUAGAAUUAACUACAUGGGUGAUACAGCAGUUUACAUAUUUCUUAACUGAAUUAGCAUGAUACUAAAGCAGUACAUUGCGGAAAUCAGCUUAGUGCUCAGGAAAUAAUUGCUUAAAAUUAGGAUUUGUGCUAAUUGUUUUCAGUUGGUCUUGCCUAAAAGCUGUGUAAAGGCACAAAGAUAUAUGUGGAUGCAAACCUUACUGUAUAGGAAAUAAUGCUAUGAAGUGAACUGCAUAAACAAUAACCUGCUGCCCCUGCAGAAGGGGCAGCCAGAGCCAAAGAGUUGCAGCCCUUUUCCCUGACCAGCAGUGGCAGUCCCCCUGGUGCUGCCAGUAUUGGCACCACUUCUUAAAUUUCUAUCAGCAACUCACUGAAGGUUUUCAUAGCCCUUCAUGUGUCUGCUGAGAAUGCAGGAGUGAUGAGAAUGGGCUUGCAUAUCUUCCAGAUACAUUCAUAUACAGACUUUCAUUUUUUCUUAAUAAUUGACAUCUUCAUGGUUCUAGGCACUUUUGAAAAGGCAAUUCAGACAUAAGCUAUUGCAGUAAUAUCUAUGCAGCUGUGUCAGUCUCACUGAAAUAAAGCUUACUCGUCCCCCAGCCCCUCAUCCAUACGUGGGACUUGCUGGUAUAGAAGCCUGUGGGGUUGCUUUGGUUUCAAGAGACUGGAGACUUUUGGUUUCUAUUCUGGUGGCAUUUAAAUAUUAUUUCCAUCAAUUAAAUUUCCAUCAUUUAAUGGCAUAAAUGGUAUGGAGUCUUGGCCUGUGAUGGUAACAGCUGCUCAGUUUUAAACCAUGCCAGUAAGAGGAGAGAGCAGUUCUUCACAAAUGCUGAAAACUAUCACUAAGCAGGAAGAGUUUCUUGAGAGCCUGUAAAGCUGAUGCUACUGCAGUGUUCUAUUUAACACCUCAACCCCAAGAAACACUAGCAAAGUUCCUUGAGGAUAUGUUUUCUGAUGAAUUUGUCUAUAGGAUGCAGAAGUGUCUAUCCCCCCAGUGGAGGUGAGGGAGGGUGGCAUUGUUCUGGGGGCAAGGAGCUCAGAAUUUCUCUUUCUGCAGUGUGAGAGUAGGUGAUGACCAAGCGCAGAGUCUGUUCACAAAGGGGUAAAACAUCUUUUUUUAAUGAAUAGCAAGCACUGUUCUGACAUUCCCAUAACUUUCAACAUGUUUUCUGUUUCUCCUUUCUUUUGAUAGGAUGGUUAGAAGUUUGCUGAUGACCUUGCUCCUCUGGUCUGUAGGCAGUAGUUCUCUAAAGUGUAGCAUGGUAGGUAGUGAGCUGUGAGACCAGCAUGCCUUGAACUACUCUGUAUAUGUGGAUUUCAAAGCACUUAAUUCUGAGGGAAUUAAGUGUCACUCUUCAUUUCUAGAUGUGAUCCUUGUUUUUUUAAUAUCAAAAAUAAAAAGCACCUAGCUGAGGCUUUCUAGUGGUCAAGCCAUGUACAGAAAAUACACCAUAAUGUCAUGCAAAAAUACCUGCAUGGAGUUCGGGCCAAAAUGUGACAGAAAUGGAGACGGAGGAAUGCAAGUCCUUGUUGUGUGCAUUGGUGCUUCAGUUCUCCUAUUUUAAGAGAAAAAGGUAUUGUUUUAUCAUAGACAAGUAGUUUUACAGUGGUAGAAAGUGUCAGUAAGAACCACUCUAAAAACUCUCAAGGAAACAGAAAAUGUGUCUGAAUAUAAGUAAGUGAAAACUAGAAAACUAUUCUGUCUGUCGGGUGAAUGUUUUCAGUCUGGUUUUAUGUAUAUACACAUACCCGCCUGCCACUACUGCCAAGUCUGAGCUUUGCAGGUAACGGGGGGGUGUGCUUGUGUAUCUAAGUCUUGUUCACCUCCCAUAGGAUCCACCGGACAUUCUGGAGUGAUCAAAAUGCAUAUCUGCCACAGAACUUGGUGCACUUUGAACUUUUACUGGAUUUUCAUAGCAAUUAGAAAUAGUUUUACCAUAUGCUCUUGAGGGUUGCUGAGCACAUUAUAAUAAUGCUGUGUAUGUAAUUGGACUACUCUUCACAAACAGGAAAAACAAAGAUAAUCACCUGUUUGUGAACAAAAAAGCACUUCUUAAAAUAAGAAGUUUGCUUUCUCAUGCCGUGAAAGAAAAUGAAUGCAUAAUUUAAAACACUUCAAUUAAAAAGGAGUAAUUCAGAUCAGCAAUUUGUGUUAGAUUCCCUUUGUGCAGGCUUCUGCGCAAUGAGAACUCCAUCAGAGCUCCUGUGCAGUGUAUCCGUAACACAGAUUGGCUAAUCCAAAAUCACACUUCACUUCUGCCAGUCUCUUACCACUCCUUUUGAUUUAUCAGCCUUAAUACUGGCAAGUGCUGCUGGGUUUUUAUCGCGGGCUGAAGAGCUGCUGAGCCUUUGAGCUCGCAUGAGAGUGAAGAUAACAACCACUGGGGGGGAGUCGUGCCUAAGGAACAGCGAGCGGCUCCGGGUGCCUGCAGCUGCGGGCAGCUGUGCCCUCCCGGCCACCAAACCGCUUUGGCACAGGGACAGUGACAUCCGUGCAGAGCCUCACGUGUCUCAGCUGGCAUUUCAAACUGCUGUCAGCUCGUCAACAAGAGGCAGGUUCUCACAGCAGGUAGCCAAGGGGAAGAUGUUCAGAUUAAUGCAGUCAUCAGAAAGCCUCGCGUGGCCUUCGGUGUGGCGAUAGGGAGCCAGAGCUGCUCGUCCAGCUUGAAGGAUGGCCAUGUUCCCUUCAGUGGAAAGGACUCUUGCACAAAUAGUUCUUCAUCGUGUCCCUUCUGCAAAACAGGUGCUGUUGUCAGGACUGAUUGGUGUUGUUUCAUGGAAGAGGCCCCUGUCCCUUGUGAUAACCUUUUUCAUGCUGCUCUCUGCGGUGUGUGUGAUGCUGAACUUGGCCGGGUCCAUUCUCUCCUGUCAGAAUGCUCAGCUGGUGAAGUCCCUGGAAGGAUGUCAGCUGAUUAAAUUCGACAGUGAUGGUGUCUGUGUUUGCUGUGAAAUGCAGCAUCAGACAUCAGGCUGCAGUAACCUGGGAGAAACACUGAAACUGAACCCUCUGCAGGAGUGCAAUGCAGUGAGGCUGACCCUCAAGGACCUGUUGUUCAGUGUGUGCGCUCUCAAUAUCAUCUCCACCAUUGUCUGUGCUUUGGCAACAGCAAUGUGUUGCAUGCAGAUGGUUUCUUCUGAUCUUCUGCAAAUGUUUCCCUCUUACAGCCUUUUUCACUUUAAUUUCUGUGCCUUCCAGCAGGAUGAUAUCACACAGUUUCUGCCACAGAGGCCGCAUUCUGCCAAUCCUGACUGCAUGACUCCACAUGGAACUGUCCUGCACCAAACCUUGGAUUUUGAUGAAUUCAUCCCACCAAUUCCCCCCCCUCCCUACUACCCGCCGGAAUACACCUGCACGCCCGUGGGGGAGGCACAGAGAAGUCUCCAUUUGGACUUCCCUCAUUCCCCAUUUGGUGCUUUAUAUGAAGUAACCAUUAAUAGCCCAGGAAUGCUGUAUCCAAGUGAGCUGCCCCCUCCUUAUGAGGCAGUGAUUGGAGAGAUGCCUGCCAGCCAGGUCAGUGGUGCUGCUCAGCAAGUGUCUGAAUCGAGCCUGGGGGAGAGGAACACGACCCCGGACUUCAGCACACAAGUUUCUGUUGAGAGCACCUCUUUGAUGGUCUCUGAGGCUGUUGAUAUCCCAGACCAUAGCUACUCCUCUGAAGAUCUUUGUUCGCUGGAAGUUCAAGGAUCUCUCCAAUCUGCAGAUCUUUCUCCCUACUGCAUAACCCCCAAGGGGGCUGCAGAGCAGAGCUGCAGUGCCCUGGUUUGCCACACUCACUGCAGGUUUCACAGAACUCGCUCAGAGGGCUUUCCUGAUGAGGGUGACAGCUCCCACAGCCGAGCCUCUACAGACAGGUCUCAAGGACAGGAAAAGAGCUGUGCCCACGGCAGGUCCUUGGACUGUUCCUCAGGGAAUUACAGCCCCUCAGAACGAGAACUGCAGAGUUCUGCUCAAGAGAGCAGUGCCACGCCGCCUUUGAAGCAGAAGAAAACCUGCUGUGUGGACUUUCACCAGCCUCCUGCCACUUUCCAGACCUCUCCCUGUUUUGGGCCUGCAAGUACUUCACCACGUGCAAGUGGCCCCGAGGCUGCUGUCCAGCAGCAGCAGCUCCUCACAAAGCACCCAGCCUCAAACAUCGUCCGCUCCAGCAGUGCCCCUGUGUCCUGCUCGUCUGCCACUGAAGGUGAUAAUUGUGCCUGGACUUCUGUGUGCAGGCAGUGCCAAGAUGCAGGAUUAUCUCCAGCUACAGGAGAAACAGUUCCUGUCUCUGCUUCUCAUGUGGCUGCCUCUGCUUGCCAGCAUUCUUUGAGCAGUUUUCUACCAACUGGAAAACAGAGGGAUACAAGGAAAAUUGAUCUGCACCUAAAGCCAAAGGCUUUUCACACAGUCUCGAAAGAGCGGCCGCACUCCUUAGUGGACCUUAAGGCCUAUAAAGACACAAAAAUUUUAGUGGCAAAAUUUUUGGAACAUUCAAACUGUAAUCUCCCUCCAGAAGUGCGUCACGUAGUGAACAGCAUACGGUCAGUCAUUAAAUCUGAUGAGAGACACAUGGAAGAAGCCAUCUUCAGUGCCAAUAUCAUAGACCAGGUGAUGACGAGUUCCCAGCAGCCGGUGGGCAGCUGCAGGAAGCGGCUGCAGGAGGAUCUGCACCUGCAGAGCUGCGGCGCCCUGAGCUCCCCGGCGCGCCCGGCCCGCCUCAGGCGCGGCUUGGAGCGGGAGCGGCCGCACAGUCUGAUCGGAGUCUGCCGGGAAACCAUCCUUUGAGAGGGGCCACAGACUGGAGGAAGAGGAAGUGGUGAUGGUCCUGCCCUACAGCCAGUUGCUAAUGCUAGUGUCAGCCCCCAGAAGGGCCAGUGAUGACCUGAGUUAGUUGUGUGGGGAGUUUGCUUUGGAAAGGUGUCAGAGAACGGCUUGGGAAGGAAGAACUGAGAGAGGAGGACCCUGAGCUGCCUGGGUGAUAUGGAAAAUUGUAUCUGCUGGAAAUCUACAGGAUCACUUGUCAGAAGAUUACACCUGUGUUGUCCUACUAUCUACAGCAUAGAGUUGUUGAAGUCGCUUCUCUGCCACUUCAGACAGAAGUACCCAAUUCACUACAAUCCCAAACCCGGAUAUACAACAGCAGUAAAGCAAGGUUAUCUUCUUUUGUCACAAGAGGUAUGGGAUGGCACAUCAGCACUUUUCACAACAGUGAAACAGGAUGUACAGCAGAGAUGGACAGAAUUCCAUGAUUCUAUAUAAAAAUUCGAAUUCGUAAUCUUUGCUAGGGAUGUAAAAAAGAGAACUGAAAAAUGAACAGCUGAAUGUGUUCCUAAACACCAAAGGAUCAAGUGGCAUGUUUGAGAGUACGUCCAGCUACAGUUCAGUAGCCACAGGGAGCCAGGACUGGGUAGAGGGCAGCCUUGUGCAGCCCUGCCAAGGCAGUAGAAGCCACUUGGCUUCAGUUAAGAAGAAGUCCAGAAUGGUUCCACCUCAUUCCAAGUGCCUGGAGGCAUGUAUGUGUCAUUUUGUGCCAACCCACUGGACUAAAGGAUAUAAUCCAGGAUGAAUGAUCAAUUUGAUAUCCCACAGGUUAAUUUUGCCCAUGAAAGGCCGUAGACUUCAGAGCUCUCUCCAUGACCUAUGUUGUUUAAAUAAAUUGCUUCCAU